AUGGCGCAAACAGGGAGCAGCAUCACGGCGCACGCUGCCCUCGUCGCCGUGGUGGCGGUGGCCGUGCUGUGCCUCACCGGCGCUAAGCCGUCGGCGGCGUGCAAACUCGGGAAAUCCAACUGCCUGCCACCGAUCUGUGCUGCCGUGUGCCUCUGCCUCGCCAUCAAGGCCAGCGUGCUCGGCGAUGGCGUCAAGCUCGAGGAUGUCGCUGUCGACCUCCCGCUCCUCGUCAACUACUGCGGCCGCAACGUGCCAGAGGGUUUCAAGUGCGCCUAG